AUGAAGCACAACGUGAAGGAAACGCACAACGUGAAAUACAAACAGACAGCACGGAAAACAACACAAAAAGCUCGAGAGUCGGACGACGGCACUGGCGCUGUCUACAACAACUACACCUACAGCGAGUGCGCCAACACUCAACACUACACUAGUACACUGCCUUCAUGCGGUCGCUUCACUUAUGCUAGCAGUGCACGAGUCUACACACAACGUGACAACAACGCCCUCUCACCCAUUGCGGCGGGACGUCUGCGUGCUGGUGGUGCUGGUAAUGGUGGUGGUGGCGGCGGUCGGGCUGGUGGUGGCCGUUCGCCGCCGCGCACGAUGUCGCCGCCACGCCGUACUGGCGUGCACAAAGCGACUUUACAUAUACGUAGCAAGAAACUUGCUAAAAUUAACAUUGCUGCAAGCGAAAAUCUAACUGGUAAACCAAACAGCUUAAAAAAUAAGCCGCGGAAGUAA